CAGCAGAAGAGAAGCCAAACGUUCAAGCUGAUAAUUCAACAGAACUUUUCUUUGAAUUGAGGGCUCAGAGUGGAGCCAUCAUGAGCGAUGUUACCAUUGUGAAAGAAGGCUGGGUUCAGAAGAGGGGCAGCACCAGGGUGACAUCAUACUCAUACACUGCCCUGAAAGCCACAUAAGAACAGGAUGUAAGGAGAGCAACUGUUUCACUCUGAAUUAGAGAAGUGAAUGGGCCCUGGCUUCUUCGUUUCCUUUGGUUAGUUUUUUCAAUGUCUGGUUUAUUUUAAACUUCAUCUAUUUCAAUACAUUUUGCUGGGAAUGCUUUCAUACUGAUCUUGCAAAGAUUUAGGCACGUGUUUACGCACGGACUCUGAAGAGCGGGAGGUGGUGCUCAUAUAUGAAUAAGCUGCAGAAAAGUUGAAGCUCAUGUUUCAGUCCAGUGUAAUAUCACCUUCCCAAUCAUUCCACUCCAGUUUUCUAGAGUCCUUCAGCAAAAAGAGGGGCAUCAAGUCCUGACGUUUCUAAUGGAAAGAAACAAGAAAAACAUUUUUUUGAGAGAGUUUGUGUGGGAACUUUUAUAAUGUAUGAAGCAGUAAAGGGAGAAUCUUUUUUUUUCCUUUUCAAUUCACUAUUAAAUGUCUCAACUCUGAUGCAUUUUACAAUGAAGUAACUGAGAUAGAGAAAUUGUGAUUCACUUGGGAUUACAAGGUGUGUGAGAGAGUUUGGAAUAGAACCCUGGAGAAGUCCUCCUACCUCUUGACAAAUACUCCUUUCCACAGAACAUUGAGAUCUUAAGGAGAAUAUAUCAAAAAUUGGCGGCCAAGAUACUUCCUGUUGAAGACAGAUGGUUCUUUCAUAGGGUAUAAGGAGAAGCCCCAAGAUGUGGAUCUACCAUAUCCCCUCAACAACUUUUCUGUAGCAAACUUCCUGUCACGCUUUGGGACUCAGCGAUUCAGGAGAAUGAACUGAGAUUGAAUGCCAGCUAAUGAAAACAGAGCGACCGAAGCCAAAUACAUUUAUUAUUAGAUGUCUUCAGUGGACAACUGUCAUAGAGAGGACAUUUCAUGUAGACACUCCAGAGGAACGGGAAGAAUGGACAGAAGCCAUCCAAGCUGUAGCAGACAGGCUUCAGAGGCAAGAAGAGGAGAGAAUGAACUGUAGUCCAACAUCACAGAUAGACAAUAUAGGAGAGGAGGAGAUGGAUGCUUCCACAACUCAUCAUAAAAGAAAGACAAUGAAUGAUUUUGACUAUUUAAAACUACUGGGGAAAGGCACUUUUGGCAAAGUUAUUUUGGUCCGAGAGAAGGCAAGUGGAAAAUAUUAUGCGAUGAAGAUUUUGAAAAAAGAAGUUAUUAUUGCAAAGGAUGAAGUGGCUCACACUCUUACAGAAAGCAGAGUAUUAAAAAACACUAGACACCCUUUUUUAACGUCUUUGAAAUAUUCCUUCCAGACAAAGGAUCGUUUGUGUUUUGUGAUGGAGUAUGUUAAUGGGGGAGAGCUGUUUUUCCAUUUGUCGAGAGAGCGGGUGUUCUCUGAGGACCGCACACGCUUCUAUGGUGCAGAAAUUGUCUCUGCUUUGGACUAUCUGCAUUCCGGGAAGAUUGUGUACCGUGAUCUCAAGUUAGAAAAUCUAAUGUUGGAUAAAGAUGGCCACAUAAAAAUUACAGAUUUUGGACUUUGCAAAGAAGGAAUCACAGAUGCAGCUACUAUGAAAACAUUCUGUGGUACACCAGAAUACCUAGCUCCUGAGGUAUUAGAAGACAAUGACUAUGGUCGUGCAGUGGACUGGUGGGGCCUGGGAGUUGUCAUGUAUGAAAUGAUGUGUGGGAGAUUACCAUUCUACAACCAGGAUCAUGAGAAACUGUUUGAACUAAUACUAAUGGAGGACAUAAAAUUCCCUCGAACUCUCUCGUCAGAUGCAAAGUCAUUACUUUCGGGUCUCCUGAUAAAAGAUCCAAAUAAACGCCUUGGUGGAGGCCCAGAUGAUGCAAAAGAAAUUAUGCGGCACAGUUUCUUUGUUGGAGUAAACUGGCAAGAUGUAUAUGAUAAAAAGGUGGUGCCGAAGCUCCAUGUGCCGGUUCCUCAUUUCUUGACAAGAAUUCUACAGAAGCCGCUUGUACCUCCUUUUAAACCUCAAGUGACAUCUGAGACAGACACCAGAUAUUUUGAUGAAGAAUUUACAGCUCAGACAAUUACAAUUACUCCACCUGAAAAAUAUGAUGAAGAUGGUAUGGACUGCAUGGACAAUGAGAGGCGACCACAUUUCCCCCAGUUUUCCUACUCUGCAAGUGGACGAGAAUAAUUUUUUUGUUUUGUUUUGUUUUGUUCUGCUUCACUGUCAUCUUAGGUUUAUCACUGAAAACGAUUCCUGAACAUCACCACCAGUACUAGCCAUGAAGAUUGCAGGGCACUUUCAGAGGUCAUUCAAAAUUGAAAAGUUCCCUCCCUCUCCAACAGGCCUUUUUGUUUUUUGCAUGAAAUUUUGUAUCAGUCUGAGGUCUCCUCCCGUUGCUGCUCCCACUGUCUCAGUAUAAUAGCAACGUCAAGAAGUAAUUUUGAAAUCUUUUGAAGUCAGACGACUUACAUCCUCCAUUGUAUACAGUGGGGGCUAAAAGAAACAUGUUGGUUCCCAAUGCAUUUUCUCAUUUCUUCUAGAAGACAAAUCAGAAUUGUAAUUAGUCUAAAAAGACGAGUUUAUAAUGUUUUCUUUCAGCUGUUUGUGCUGGUCAGAACAAGGAAAGAUAGGGGGUGGUGAUGUAAAUAUGCAAGGUUUUUGUUAGGCAUAUCAUUACUUGAAGCAGGUCUAUGUCAUUAACAUCUGGCUGGAAUGCGUUUGGGAAACAUUUGAGAGAAGAACUUGUAACUGUUCAUAUAUAUAUAUAAAUAUAUAUAUAUUAUUUUUUAAUUACUGUUGGAUGCUACAGAAGAAGCAGAAGGGCUGGGCUCACCCAGCCUGCCACUUAGACUUCCAGAUUCAUGUGCAAUCAUGGAGAAUUGAACAUUCUACAUGCAAGAAACGAAGGCAUAAAAGCAGCAUUUGAAGUUGUUUAAAGGUCUUAUAAUUUGCACCAGAUAACAUCUUUCUCAUGCUUUUCUCUGUCUUUCUUGAUAUACAUCACCUCAGAUGGCUGAAGAAUGUAGACAGGCAUAAUGGUAUUGCUUUUCACCAAAAUUUGUGCACCAAGGUAAACAGGUGUUUGCCAUAUUUGUUUUUAUUUUGAGUUUGUGAAUUAGCUUUUCUCCAGGUGUUUAACUCUGAAUAUAUAUAUUUUUUUUUAUACCGCGGUAGUAUUUAUUUUUAGUGAUAAGGAUUGUAUGUGUCAUGUUUGCAAAUGCUGCUACAUCUUAGAACAGGCUUAUAGCAGUUUAUUUUGUAAUAUAUGGAAGGACUGUACAAGCUGAAGAGAAUAACGCACUUUUUCUCCCAUGUGGAAAUUUUAACAAGGCUCUGAAAUUGUACAUAUUACUUAAAUUGGGCUUUUGUGGAUGAAAUACUGUCAUAUAAUUCUUCGGUGCUGUAGAUGAGGACAUUCCAACUCUAUGUGCCAAGAGGUCAAAAAUGCUUGUCUGUGCUCCACUAAAGUAAUAUAAAAUCCUGGCAGCACAACAGAAAUUUUUGGUUUUAUAUGGAGAAAAUACAAACAAUUGAGACCACAAUGAUUGCAAGAAAAGCACUUUAUUAUAAUUCUGUAAACAGUAGAUUGAUGGGAACAUUUGCCCUGAACCAAGUAGGUAAUGAAACCCAGCAUGUGCAGUAUGAGUAUGAUAACUGACUGACUGAAUUUAAACCAUCAUGGUAAACACCACACUGAAAGGAAAAUGUUGUCUUUUCAUUUCUGAAGAUCUGUAUUUAGCAGGAUGUGUGCACAAACCUUAGCUUCGGUCUUCAUUAAGUAUCAUUUUAAUAAUAAACCUUUUGGUGCUAGGAGUUGGGAUAUUCCAAAGUUGCCAGGAAGUGCAGUAAGGGUGAGUAUGUGCCCUUGCUAAUGACAUCAGAAAACCCUGGGAUUAUUAUUGAAGUACCUUGUUAGCUCCCAUGUAGAAUGUGAUGUCACAGAGUAUUAUUGAUAGAAUUGUAUCACUUGGUAAAUGACUUUUGAAAGAAGAAAUGUUCAUAUGCAGAUGCCUUAUCCUCUUGCUGUUUAAAGUUUAGAUAUCUUAGCAUGAAGAUCACUGCUGGCAGUGGAUGUGCUGAGGUGGUCAAGGGGUAGAUGGGCAUUUUAGCAGGGCAGCUAAGACAGACUCAUUCAGAUAAUUUUUCAUGUUUCUACCUAAGCAAAGUUUUACCUUUAAUAAUCAACAGAUAAGAGGUGUAUCUUUUUGUGUAUGCACUAACCCAGGGGUAGGCAACCUAUGGCACAAGUGCCAAAGGCGGCACAUGAGCUGAUUUUCAGUGGCACUCUCACUGCCUGGGUCCUGGCCACCGGUCUGGGGAGCUCAG